ACUCUAAACUUCCGGUACAUUGGACAAUUGGACAUUUCCGAAGAAAUUGAGUUUUGGGCUUUGGGUCGGAAAGAGAAACCAAGUCUGCCUGAAUAUUACCGAUCACACCCUUGUGUUCCCUGAUAUUGAGAGCUAAGAUGUGAAUUUGUGAAACCUUCAGUUUGGUGGCUAGGAAAACAUCUUUAAUUGACAUCUUCAUGGCUAACUCUAAUUCGGACCCAGAGUUACAGUCUGGCCUGAACUAUGAUCACUCUGACAAUGGAAACAAUGGGCGAAGCUUGCUCUCACCCAUGGGUCUUGGGGGUCUUGUUCGUGUUCGAUCAGCCCCACACAUGAUGCAACCUGACUCGGAGGAGAAUGUCCAAGCCCAAUCGGAGGCCGUUUUCCUGAACUAUGUGUAUCAGAGCUAUAGAAAUGACAGCGUGAGAACUGAUGUGGACAGCACACCAGCUGCUCCUGAACUCAUCAAUUUUCCUGCUUCUCCAAUCACACCUGCAGCUGAAAUUGGGAGGCAGCUGGCUAGAUUAGGUGAUCAAAUCAAUGAAAGAUAUUCUGAUGUCUUUGACGGAAUGAUUGCUAAUCUCAAUCUAGAUUCAAAUAAUGAAGAUGCCUAUGAGGCAUUUGCCUGUAUUGCUCGAAG